AUGCCAGGCGCGCUGCAGAACAGCCGAGUGAUGAGAGGUCAGGGUGACGAAUCUAGAAGUGUCGAGGCCCUGAAGACGGUGAGCCGUAUCUGGGGCGUAGACAAGGUUCAGUAUUACCAGUGGGCGUAUAGUGGGAUCAAUUUCUGCAACAAACUCUGCGCAGCGGCUCGCAAGGUGAGCGAUUGGGAAGAAGCUGUAGUGAAGUUAAACAUGUUGCUUCACAGACGAUCCCAGCAGCUUGGACGACGGCCAAUUAAGUACUCGGUCAACCCUAUCGAAUCGGAUGAUUUGAUAAACUUAAGGGCCUGGUCUCAUAAGGAUCCAUACGUCAAGAAAAAUGACCGUGAGAGAAUCAGUCUAGUUUUCAGCAAUCUGGCUGCCAGAGACUUGCCGGCCGGGUUUGGUUUCGAUAAAUUCGGGCUGAUGGUACGAAGUGGACAGCAACAGUCAGGCGGCGAUCAGCUUUCGCGGGAGGAGAUAGAAAGCCGGAGUCCUUGGGAUGGCGGUGACUGGGUUCGAGACCGCACUGAAGGGCGCCUGCGGGAAGGACACGGGAAUCUGGCGCGUUUGAGGACGGUGAGGCGCAUCUGGGGCGGAGACAAGGUUCAAUAUUACCAGUGGGCGCAUAGGGGAGAAGAUUUCUGCAAAAAACUCUGCACAGCGGCCCGUCAGGUGAGCGACUGGGAUGAAGCUGUAGUGAAGUUGAACAGGUUGAUUCACAGACGAGCUGAGCAAAUUGGGCGACGCAAAGUCAAGCAAUCGGUCGACCCUAUUGAUCCGGAUGAUUUAGUAAAUCUGAAAGCUUGGUCUCAUAAAGAUCCAUAUGUCAAGAAGAAGGAUCGCGAAGGAAUCGCGCUGUCUCUCAGCAAGUUGGCUGUCACAGAUCUGCCAGCCGGUUUUGGCUUCGACAAGUUCGGGCUGAUGGUACGAACGGAAGAGCGACAACUAGGAAGCGUUGAAGAGAGUGGUUUAGGUGUGGGGCGCUGCAAUCGGCAGAAUGUGGUACAUACGGGUGGCAAACAAGUCAGGACGGACAGGAACCGCCGGCGGACCAAGGUCAGAAGGCCGAGAGACGGCUUCGCAAGCAAAGCCGUUGCUAGGCCGGGGGACCUAUUUCGGGCGUUCAGGCGCGUGCGCGACGGGGACGAACAGGCCACGGCGCAGGUAAAUCCGGGCUCGAGAGAAAUUCGUGGGUCUUCGUUGGGGGUUUUGGGACGCUUGGAAGUGCGCGAGGGAGAGAGCGCCCGGUUUCAUGAAACUGAAACUGGGGUGAGUUUCAGUUUCAUAGCGUGGCUAUACAGCACUGGCUUCGUCACCAACGAGGAUCAGGGCAAGAUCAACUGGGCUCCGAAUGCAGCCGCGCAGUACUCCGUUGUGAACAAGGAUAAGCCAAACAAGUUUGGCGAGUAUCCCGGUUUCCGCAUCUACCCUUCAACUGGCUCAAGCAUCCAUCUUACGGUUGAGAAUUCGACCCGGUUCCCGAACCAAGUCAACUGGGCGACACACCAGCUGUAUGCAGUCCAGCGCAAAGACACGGAGCCAGUUUCUGCGCACCCUAUUACACCUAAGCUUGUUGACUUCAACAAGUUCUUCGACGGCGAGUCUCUCGACCAGGAGGACAUUGUGCUGUACUUCAACCUGGGCAUGCACCACAUGCCUGACACGUAUGACCUGCCUGUUACGGUCUUCCAGGGUGCACAGUCUGGAAUCACGCUUCGCCCACAGAACUAUCAGGAAAGCGACAAUUCGCCCUCCACGAGGCAGCAGAUUCAUAUCACGAACGAGAAUGACAAGGUAAAGGUUGAGAAUUAUGGCGCGAAGAAGCUCUCGGGUUCCUUUGAUCUGCAGUCAGCUAAUCCUACUUGGUUCCCCUUGCCUGAGUCAUCCGGGAGGGAAAAUUAA